CGUAAUAAGUUUCUGCCGUCUACUCUUCUCCUCUCUAGCCGUUCCUUUUCUCCCACCGUUGCUUUCAGGUCGCCGCCGUUUGACCGUAUUCAAGGGUUUGGCUUUGACGCUCCUCUUCCUCCGCCUUCCGCAUUCUGGAAAAGGAAAGGUCAAAGCUUCAAAAAGAGACGCCGGAGAAGUAAAGACGGGCGGAAGAGAGAGAGAGAGAGGAGGGUAUUUCCGUAAAUAUAAGAAGAGAUAAGGCUGACCAUUUGACGUCAUGCAUCCCAACGGCCGUCAAAGUCUCCGUCUCCCACUUCCCACUUCCCGAUUCUCAGUCUCUCUCUCUCUCUUCACGCUUUUCCUCAUCCUUCCAAACUUAACUAACCACUUGAGUCAGUUAAACCUUAAACGGAAGAAAAACUAACCGCUUCGAACUUCCACCCCUUCUUUUACCUUUUUUUUCCCCAUUUCCUUUUUCCCAAACUAAAACUAGUAUCUUCUUUGCUACGAAUUUUUUAGAUGACGAUUUUUGACCUGACCAGUUACAAUAACGAACUCUGUUGAAACGUAAGCGUUAUAAUUAUUACUAUCACUAUUUUUUCUAUGUCCUCUGUUCUCUGUAAUCAUAUUUUUCUGAUGAUACGCUUCUGUUCUGAUUUGAGCAUGUCCAACAAUCUCGACCUUUUGUCCUCAUAUGUUGGAAGUCAUUUACCAGGCAACUAUUGCAGAGUUAGAAUAAUAUAUAUAUGAGUUUGAAGAUGACGGUGUCGCGCAUAUUUCGAGGACGAGUUUGUAAAAACUCAUGUAAUGCGAAAAUUCGAUGCUUGAUUUGCAUGAACCGUGAUAUAGAUCUUCUUUACAUAGUUGGAUGAGCUCUUCAGCAUUACAUUUUAUAUAUGAGAGAACACAAUAAUAUUGCAUAAUUCGUGUUGUCGAAUUAUUCUAUUAUACAAAACCAAAUUCAGAAACUAUAAUAUCAAUAUCAAAAUAAACCAGAAAAAAAUCAAUACAAUCCAUGAUCACCCAAACCACUCAAAACCAAAUCUAGGUGAAACUCAAAAGGGAGAAAAGAAACAAAGGAAAAGGCAAAAAAAAGAAAGACAUAAUAGCCCAAAAAUUUAAAGGAGAAAAAAAGGAAGAAAUAACACCGACGAAGAAAUUUGUCCAGAACUAGAGAAGAAAGAACACUUCCUUCCCCUCUCUCUCUCUCUCUGCGGUGUAUUUUUGUUGUUUCCUUCCGUUUCCCUUUUCCCUCCCUUUUUUCUCCCUCUCCAGACAAACGACACACCUCUCCGCGCUGGCAAAAGAUUCCUCCCCCAACCCUAGAAAGAAAAUUAAAUCAGAUUAAAUUUUCCCGAGAAACAAACACUCCCCCCCCUUCUCCCUCUUCCUCUUCCUCCUCCUGCUUCUCCUUCCUUCAAUCCAGCUCAAUCACAAUCAAAUCAUGCUUCUUCUUUCUUCCCGUUCUUCUUCACUUCCUCUCCUCUCUCACCUAACCCACUAUUUUUAAUCCCCCACCUCUCUCUCUCUCUCUCACUACCUUCCUUCAUUCCCACUUAAACCUAAAUAAUAAACUAAAACCCAACCCCCAAUUUCCCCCCUUUAAUUCCAAUUCGGGAUUUUUUUUUCUGGGUGUUUCUCCGAUGGGGUGCGCCAGCUCCAAGCUGGACGAUCUCCCGGCGGUGGCGCUUUGCCGCGAGCGGUGUACCUUCCUCAACGAAGCCAUCACCCAGCGGUUUCUGUUGGCGGAGGCUCAUCUCGGGUACGUGUACUCGCUCCGGGGAGUGGCCGACUCCUUGCAUCAUUUCAUGGAGCAGGAUUUCGGUGCUGGCGGUGGUGGUGGGUUGGGGUCUCCGAAGCUCAAUUUGCCGCCGAAGGGGAAAGGUGUGAGUGUGGAGGAUGGUGGGAAUUCGCCCAAGAAAGUUAGUGGUGGUGGCCGGGGGCAUGGUCAUUCUCACUCUCACUCUCACUCUCACUCCGGCUCGCAUCUUCAUUUUAUACCGGAUUCGGACGAGGAGGAUGAGGACGACGAUGAUGAUUCGGAUUCGCAUCUUCAUCUCUCUGAUCACUCGUCUCCCUUGCACAGUCACGCCGCCGCCGCCGGCGGUGGUGGUGGGAAGCAUGUGGAGUAUAUGGGUUCUGAGUAUAUGCCUAUGUCUGUGGAUCAAAGCUCUUUUCCCGGUGGCGGGUAUCCCGGUGGUGGAGUCGGGUACCCGGGAGGUGGAGUCGGGUACCCGGGUGGCGGCGCCGGAUAUCCGGGUAGUGGCGGUGUGUAUCCGGGUGGCGGAGGUGGGUAUCCGGGCGGCGGCGGUGGAUAUCCGGCUACUGGCGGCGGGUAUCCGGGCGGCGGGGGCGGGUUUUUCCAAAUGAAUUAUAUGAAGAAAAAGGGGACAGCGUCGGUGGUUUAUCAGCAGAGGCCGGCGGCUGCGGAGACCGUUCGUUUCGGUGAAUCUUCUUCGUCUUCGUCUUAUUAUUCGCAGGCUAAUAACAAUCCUCCUUACCCUGUUGACAAUUCGAGCGCUUAUUCGUAUUUCGGGUACCCUAAUUAUACCGGCGGCAGUACCAGUGGAGCGGCUGGCUACUACGGCGCUCCGCCUGCUUAUGGAUCUUCAUCUCCGCCUCCCCAGAUACAGGGGGCUUCCUCGUCGAAGCCGCCGCCAGCUCCGCCAUCACCACCCAGAGCAUCAGCUUGGGAUUUCUUGAAUCCGUUUGAGAGUGGUGAGACGUUCUAUCCAUCUUACACUCCCAGCAGAGAUUCCAGAGAAGUGAGGGAGGAAGAAGGGAUUCCUGAUUUGGAGGACGAGGAUUAUCAACACGAAGUUGUUAAAGAAGUACACGGAGACCCCAAAUAUGCAGCUGAAAGUAGUGGCAGUAGUGGUGAUGUUGGUCACAGUAAUUAUACGAAAUCAGCGAUGAUUGAUGAUGAUGAGAUGGAAGCUAAGCCCAGUACCAGUGGUGGUGGUGGUGGUGGUGAAGCAGAGGCAUCGCUCUACCAAACCAGGGCUAGUGGUGUGUCAAUGGAGACUGAUGGACCUGAGUAUGAGGUGCACGUAGUGGAAAAGAAGGUUGUUGGUAAGGAGAAGCCUGAUGAGCAUGGCAAUGGCGCCGGGUCAAAGGGCCGAGGAGGGUGGCGGGAUGUGUCUCAAGUCGCUAUUGAGAUCAAGAUUCAGUUCGAGAGGGCUUCUGAGUAUGGGAAUGAAAUGGCUAAGAUGCUCGAAGUGGGGAAGCUCCCUUACCAGCGUAAACAUGUUUCAAAGAAGUUGCAUGGUGUGACUCCAUCAUCAUUAUCGUUGAUAGCUUCACAGCCACCUGCUUCCAAUAGCUUGGAGGCUUCAUCCUCCAAUGAUAAUGCUCUUCCAUCUUUCCUGGAGAUGGAUGAAGAUCUGGCUGUCAGAUCAAAGAAUCUUUCCUCUACCUUGCAAAAACUGUAUCUUUGGGAGAAGAAGCUAUAUACUGAAGUGAAAGCAGAGGAGAAAAUGCGGGUAGUUCAUGACAGGAAAUGCCGGAAGCUGAAACGUCUGGAUGAGAGGGGCGCGGAAGCUCACAAAAUAGAUGCUACACGAACUUUGAUAAGGAGUCUGUCGACCAAAAUAAGAAUUGCGAUUCAGGUUGUGGACAAGAUCUCUGUCACAAUAAACAAGAUUAGAGAUGAAGAGCUUUGGCCGCAACUGAAUGAUUUGAUUCUCGGGUUGAGUAGAAUGUGGAAAAACAUGCUUCAGUGCCACGAAAUCCAGUGCCAAGCAAUAAAGGAAGCCAAAGGAUUUGGUCCUAUGGGAUCCGCUAAGAAGCUCAGUGAUGAUCAUCUCCAAGCUACAUUGCAACUUGAGCAUCAGCUGCUUAAUUGGACUUCUGGUUUCACCAGUUGGGUUGGAGCUCAGAAGGGUUAUGUAAAAGCCCUAAAUAAUUGGCUUGUAAAAUGCCUCCUCUAUGAACCAGAAGAAACGCCUGAUGGCGUGGCCCCUUUCUCACCUGGAAGAAUGGGUGCACCUCCCGUGUUUGUGAUCUGUAAUCAGUGGGCACAAGCUAUUGAUAGAAUAUCUGAGAAGGAAGUGGUGGAUUCUAUGCGCCUCUUUGCAUCGACGGUGUUUAAACUGUGGGAACACGAUAAGGAAGAGAUGCGAAGCAGAAUGAUGACAAACAAGGAUUUGGAGAGGAAAGUUAGGAACUUGGACAGAGAGGACCAGAAGAUACAGAAGGAGAUCCAAGCACUGGACAAAAAAAUUGUUUUGGUUUCUGGAGAUGGAGGUGAUGGCUUGUCUGUUACUGGAAAUGUUGUGUAUCAGAGUGAUACUAGCAAUGGCAGUCUGCAAGGUAGCCUGCAGAGGAUUUUCGAGGCCAUGGAGAAGUUUACAGCGGAGUCCGUGAAAGCUUAUGAGGACCUUGUGCAACGCAGUGAAGAAGAAAGCAGAGCUGGAGAACAUGGAACAGCUUCUUAAUCAUCACAUGGUUCAACCACAGACAGCUUUCUGCAAACUUUGCUUAAAGCAGAAGGCUUCGCCACCUUGUCAUGCAAGUUUGUGGUGAAAUAUGCCUUGCCCCUUCUGCUGCUGAAACUCCUCUGUGAAAGAUGAUCAUGGGACGGUGGCAGUUGUUCCAUGUGGGCCACCUAGGUUUGAUGGGGGUUUGAAGCUCAGGCUGCUGAUUGGAAAACUGAGCCGGGCUAUCGGACAUGCUCUGUAAGUGCCAAUUCCUUUUUCUGCCGGAUCAGAAUUGGCAUAGACCAUAUAGCUCCUGUAGCGCUGUCGAUGCAUCGCAUCGAGCAUUUACACAGCUGGGAAGGUCAUACACAAGGUUCGCUCUCGGGGGGAAAAAACAAUGCCUAAGAUGCAAACCUGUGGAAGUGCAGAAUUAGAUUCAAUUUUGAACCGAGGAUAUCUGGUUGAGUUAUAGGUUCAGUGGGCUGCCCCAGAAUGGCGCAAGUCUUGGAAAAUGCCCACAGAUCAGAUAUAUAUAUGGUAAAUAACUUAACUUUGUUUUUCUUCUGGUACUUCUUCGGAAUAUUUAUUACAUUAAAUUCUGUAUAGUUCUCUUUUCUUCUCCCUGAUAGCUCUUAUCAUAGCAGAGAGUCUCUGUAUGAGGCUCUAGUUAGAGGGUUCUUAACAUCCAUCGUCUCGUGUUCUUCGUAUAAUUCGAAUCCCUGUAUUACCACUGAACUAGGGAGACUAGGAAGGGGAAUGUACCAUUGUAAUCUUGUUGGAAUGGCAAUUGAAGCAGAGAAUUAGAUGAUUUAACAUAUCAUUCAUACAUGUCUUUGCUGUACUCUGGGAAUGAUUAGCUGGUGUGGGUUUUGAUUAGGACACAGUUUGUUUUCUACUAAUCAUGUACUCUAAUAUACUAUUAUUAGCUUGGAAGAGUUUUGCUUUGAGUGAUUGCAACUAUGAUGACAAAAGAUCUUCUGGCUUUGGGAUACAACAACAGCUCACAUCACUGAUUGGAGAUGGGCAAAGAUAGGGCUAAACUCUUUUUGUUUUUUGUUUUUAAUGAUUAUCUGUUAGCAAUAAUUGUGGGAAGUUGAAGGUGGUUUAGCUUUUUCAGUAUUAGGAGGGUUAUGAUGGUGUGAAAUGAAUCGAGUUUUCCAGGACCUUUUUUAUGCCUUUUUGUGACAGCUGAAAAGAAGAUGCACAACAAACACAGCUGAAAUGAAAACAACAGCUUUCUAUUUUUUUGUAUUUGGUUUGUGAGAGAGGUCUUGGUAGGCCAGAGGAUCUUUGCAUGCAUCUUCCCCUCUCAUCUCUGUCUCUCUCCCAAGCCUUGUUUGGACCUUUGGGGAAAUGACUGUAAAAAGUGAUGCUCAUAAUGAAAUGGCUUUUGUGAGGAAGAGAGGUGGGUUGAUGAUGUUGAAAUUGUGGAUGGUAACUUGUCAAUUUUAGGUGAAUGGUGUGGUAUGUUUUUCAGGGUGUUUGUUGAUAGAAACUUGAGUUUCUACGUAUAUGUGAUGAGGAUAUGAGAAGCAGAAUUGAAAGAUAUAGGGAUUGAUAUGAAGAAUUGGGGGGAGAAUUUGAGGAAGAACAAGAAUGGGGAAUUAUAAGGGAUUCAGAGAGGAGUAGGAGAAGAAGAAGAAGAAGAAGAAGAAGAAGAAGAAGAAGAGAGGAGAGAGAAUUGAAAAAUACUUGUCUUUCAGAUUGUGCUGAUUGCAAAUUCGAUUUUCAUGGUAUUAAUACUUAUCUUUCACCAAACUUCUUUUUAUUUAUAAUUAUCAUUCACCAAACUUUUAAAAACAAGGGUUAAUACUUAAUAGCAUUUUGUACCCCUUAAGUUAACAAACGUACCCCUUUACUAAUUUGUUGUACAAACGUUCUCUUUUAAUAUUAAAUCGUAAUAAAUUUACCCUUCCAUCUAAUAAUAUGUAAGUGAUUUACUAAUUUGUUGUACAAACGUUCUCUUUUAAUAUUAAAUCGUAACAAAUUUACCCUUCCAUC